ACCAUUUUUUUCUAAUGCGGAAGAGAAACAAAACCUCGCUCGAUGUUUUCCGUCUGAACUUGUCCCAAGAUGAAGGAAUAAACAUCGACAAACAGGAAGAAACGAGAGACGGUUUGUUUGCAGUUUAGACUUAAAGGACCGAACACACUCAGCGGAGCUAAUGGCAGGAGGCAACUUACAGAAAGCUAUCGAUCUGGCCAACAAAGCUGCACAGGAGGACAAAGCCAAGAACUAUGAGGAAGCCCUCAGAUGUUACCAGAAUGCAAUCCAGUACUUCCUCCAUGUUGUCAAGUAUGAGGCUCAGAGUGAACGCGCGAAGGAGAGCAUCAGGGAAAAGUGUAAAGAUUACCUGGACCGAGCCGAGCAGCUGAAGGUACACCUGAAGAAGCUGGAGAAGAAUCCUCCGGCUAAACCAGUCAAAGAGAACCAGUCUGAUGACAAAGGGAAUGAAAGUGAUGACGGGGACAACCAAGAGAAAAAGAAGUUUCAAAAUCAACUCUCAGGUGCCAUCGUCAUGGAAAAGCCAAACAUUAAGUGGGAUGAUGUAGCUGGUUUGGAAGGAGCCAAAGAAGCCUUGAAGGAAGCCGUCAUUCUGCCCAUCAAAUUCCCUCAUCUGUUCACAGGAAAGCGAACUCCUUGGCGGGGCAUCCUUCUCUUUGGCCCUCCAGGAACAGGAAAAUCCUACCUGGCCAAGGCGGUGGCCACAGAGGCCAACAACUCCACCUUCUUCUCCAUCUCCUCCUCCGACCUCGUGUCCAAGUGGUUGGGGGAAAGUGAAAAGUUGGUGAAGAACCUGUUCUCUUUGGCUCGAGAGCACAAACCAUCCAUUAUUUUCAUUGAUGAGAUUGACUCCCUCUGCGGCUCCAGGAGCGAGAACGAGAGCGAGGCCGCGCGCAGAAUCAAGACAGAGUUCCUCGUUCAGAUGCAGGGUGUUGGAAACGAUAAUGAGGGAGUCCUGGUUCUGGGAGCCACAAAUAUACCGUGGACAUUGGACUCUGCUAUAAGGAGAAGAUUUGAAAAGCGAAUCUACAUCCCUCUGCCUGAAGAGCAUGCUCGCUCCUUCAUGUUUAAACUACAUCUGGGAUCCACACCCAACAACCUGACAGAAGCAGACUUCAACACUCUGGGCCAGAAGACGGAAGGGUACUCUGGGGCUGACAUCAGUGUUAUCGUCAGGGACGCCCUCAUGCAACCUGUCAGGAAGGUCCAGUCCGCCACUCACUUCAAAAAGGUCCAGGGCUCAUCAUGGAACAGCCCGGAUGUUGUGGAGCAAGACCUACUGACUCCGUGCUCGCCGGGAGAUCCCAACGCCAUAGAGAUGACGUGGAUGGACGUCCCUGGAGAAAAGCUUUCGGAGGCAGUCGUGUGCAUGGCGGACAUGCUGAGGUCACUCACUACCAUCAAGCCGACAGUGAACGAGCAGGACCUGGAUAAGCUGAAGAAGUUUACGGAAGAUUUUGGUCAAGAAGGGUAGAACUAUCCACGCUCUGCUCGAGAAGCAGUUCACAAUUAUCUCUGUCAGUUAAGGUUUUGAUUCAUUCAUCUGUCUGGUCUAUAGUAGGUUUCUUGGAGCUCCAACUUCUUACAUUAUGAAAAAAAAAGUAUAUGUUGCUGUAAGAUAUGACAAAAAUAAUGCUUCAACAGCAAAUGUUUGUUGUUGUUUGUGACAAAAAAGAUGAUUCAAUAAUGAAAUCUAAUCAAUAAAUCAAGUUUCAGCACA